AUGGCUCAUCAAGGUAGCUUCAGCAGUGCUCACAGCUCCAUCGGCUCUAGCUCCCCUGCUUCCAGCACCAGCGCCGCCUCAGUCACCGCUGCUUCGCCGACCACCGUCAGCUUCUCUGUCUUCCAGGAGGGCCCUGGCCGUCCCCUCGUCUUCGCUCCACCUCUGGGUACUCCCGAGCUUCAGGCUCUCGUCGAUCUCUUCAUUGCUCUUGACGUCCCCGUUUCUAUGAAGAUGGAGAUGAUCCAGCGUGACUUUGAGGCCCAUACUGCUCGCACCAACGAGCGGUACAAGACCUACUUCGUGCCCUCUGCCUCUUCCACGCCCACCGCCUCUGCUCUCGUUCACUCGCCUUCGACCUACACCGCCAGCCCCAGCCCAAUCUUCCACAAUGUCUUUGACACCAACUUCAACCACCCUGCUUCUACCGGAAGCGGUAGUGGAAGCGGCAGCCUGUACCUCGAUGCCAGCCCUGCCCCUCGCCCAUCGCCGACCGAGUCGGAUCUGACGGUUGCGUCGGAUUCUCUGUUCCCUCUUUCUGUUCCCAUGUUUUCUGCUCCCCAGUUCGCCGAUGUUAAUGCUGCCUUCGCCGGCAACUUCUUCCCGGUCGCUGUCGACCAGAGCCCUGUUGCCUUGACUGCGGCUUCGAUGUGGCCGGUGGCGACGCUCACAGCCACCGCCGCCCCGGCUGCUCGCCGGACUCAGCCGCGUCAGUCUGCCGCUCCUCCUCCUUCUCAGCGUCGGAGACUCUCGGGCAGCAGCAGCAUGCAGAUCCUCACGCGUACUGGUGAGGACGUCACCCAUGUGUCCAGCCGUGGUACCCGGACACACGAAGAGCGGGAGAACACUCGCCUCGUGCGCCAGCGGGGUGCCUGUCCUGACUGCCGCCGGAAGAAGACCCGGUGCAACCCGGACCACGCCGGCUUCACCGCGGAGCAUGUGAGUGCUCGCGCUGGUCCGUACGCUGCUCCUGCCCAGUCUGGCCGGGCCAAGGCAGAGGCGGCCGCAGCCAGAGCAGCCAAGGCUUCCAAGGCCAAGGUGGACGGCAAGAAGACCGUGACCACAUCUGAACCUGUCUUCGCUGCCCCGCAGCAGGCACCGAACGCUACCGUGCUCGCCGGCAUCGAGGAUGGUGGUGGUGGUGGCGUAGGACACAUACCGCCGCUCGACCUCGACGUCUUCUCCGACUCUUUCGACUGGGAGCAGCUCGCCGCUGACCAGGGCCGCCUCUUCACCGAGGAUGACCUUGAGCUGAGCAUCGCUACCACGCUUUCCAUGACCAUGCCGACCACCACCAGCGGUGCCACUGCCGCUGCUUCGGCUUCUUCUUCUUCUACUGCCACCACCCAGGCUCCCAUCGACCCGCACAGUGUUCCACCAUUCCGACCUCCUCCGCCAUACCGACCUACGGACGCUCACCUCCAGUCCAGCCGCAACAUGAACGCCCCCUCCACCACCGCCUCCCCUGUCUCUGCCAUUGCCUCUGCCAGCCCUGCUGACCAGGCUCCUCAAAUGGGACGCAUGAUCAGCCCUGCCGUGGACUUCAACAACGGCUUCGCUGGCCCGGCUGCAUUUGCCAACGACAACUCGGCCGUCUUCGGCGACGCCUCGGAGACCUUCUUCUCCGCUGUGAACGCCUCCAUGACUGGGUCUUGCGUUCAACCUGGCUCCGCUCAAACCGGCGGGCUGACACACGCCGGGCCACUGCGCACAUCAGGCUCACUACCUGCCGGGGUUGAUUUGGGGCAAAUAGAUUUGGGCGACGACGACGGUCGGGAAUUAGAUAGGCUUGACACCGGAGUCACCCACCCUGAGGACGAGGAACGCGAGCGCGGCAGGCCAACCGAGUUUACGAGACGCGGCGUCAAUAUACCUGACCGUGGCAGGUUUACGCCCUUUGGUAACCGCAGCGAGCAGAGCUGGUCAACACUAACGGGCGAGACCAGCUGUGGACCUCGUUCUACAACCACGAGCGCACAAGCAACCGCCACCGUCACGCCGCCUAUCCUGAAGACAAUACGCGGGUCGCCUUCGUCCGCCGAGGCGGGGGUACCGCCCAGCGACUCCCUCUCCACGUCACAAGCCGAGCCAACACCGUCAUCUUCGACACCGCCACUGUCGCCUGCGGACACCACCGUGCUCCUGACAGUAAUAGCUAACUUCACAGCGUCGCUGCUGCUGCCCGCCUACUUGGCAUGGACAGCGGCGGCGGCGGCCGAAGCCGAAGCCCACGACAGCCUGGUGUCCGACUUGGAGGUCCAGCUCGACCGGAUGAAUCUCGCUCCCACCCUUGUCGCCUGCCAAUAG